UUUCCUUUCACAAGCUAGGAACAGCACUCAGUACUAGCCUAUAUUAUAUAUCUAUUUAUUAACCUCUGCCCUCUCAUUUUUUAUGUUGAUAACCUGUCUUUUAAAAACUGUACCUAAUACUGUAUAUUCUACCACUUUAUCGUGUGUUUUUUAAAUAUUUUGUCUUAUUAUUAUAGUGUGUUUGUACCUAUGUUGACUCGAGGAGCCCUGCAAAAACAAUUCCAAUGUGUCUGGACUGUUUGUCUACAGGCACAAAUGGCAAAUAAAAAACCUUGAAACUUGAACCUUGUAUUGUGUUUUAUGUUUAAAUAAUUAUAAAGCUAAAGGUUUAAGAUUUUCUUCUGAAAUGUAGCAAAGUAUAAGUAAAAGUAGCACGAAAUGGAAAUAAUGUGCAAUAGAAAUGUUAGACUGUAUGUGUAUAUCAAUAAAAACCACAGCAGCACCACAGUGAGGACUAAAGCGCCAUCAUUGGAAACUGCGCCCUCUACUGGCGUCAACACGUAGCACGGCCUGCAGAAUGAAACGCGGCUGUAUUGAUCCCCGCGGCACCGUUGACGUUUCACACAGUCGGUCGACUGAUAUACUCGCAAACUUUCUUCCUUAGCUAUAGAGAAGAAGGGCGGGACGCACGAGGCCACACAGCCGCAAGCUGGAGCUCAUCAGAGAGGGAGAGAGUGGGGUGAUGGAGGGGCUGCAGUUGUUAUGGAAACGCCGUGGGUGGAGCGUUGGGAAAGUGGGAACAGUUUGUUUUGUUAUUGAAGGUCACGUGGCACUGUGAAGCUCCUCCCCCCUCCCCCCGUUACCACCGAUUCAACCGUCUCGAUCUGCUGCUCCGGUCAGUUACUACAAAAUGGAUGCAGAGGCUCCGCCGCCAACGAAAACCUCCUGAACGCUUCAUGCUGUGAGAAGAAGCAAAAAAACACGAGACGAGAACCAUUUGAUGGAAGAUAAGAAAAAGCAAGAAGAGAAGAAAAAGAAAGAAGCUGCUCAGAAAAAGGCCACAGACCAGAGAACCAAAGUGCCAGACUCUGCCAAGCAAGACCCCACCCCUCCUCUUCCCCCCACCAGCCCCAGUGCCGUCCCGUCUGUACCCCCCAGCAGUGGCAAUGGCAAGCGCGCCCCCUCCGGAGGUCAGCCGCAGGCAGCACCGCAGCCCCCGAGUCUGCUCCAGCAGCGCUACCCGCCGAGAGAGGUGCCCCCGCGCUUCCGCCAGCAGGAGCACAAGCAGCUGUUGAAGAGGGGCCAGCCUCUCACCGCCAGCGACCCUGCAGCGGCAGGAGCCACGCACUCCUCUUCCUCCACAGCCAGCCCGCCUACAGAACUGCCCCAACAGAGUGGCCCGGGAGCACAGUAUGAUAAUCCCCUCUGGGGACAGCUGCCAGCCAACAGGAGUGCCACAAGUCCUGCAUCUUCCACCAAUCUGAGUGGCUGGGAUCAACGAAUCACUGACCAGAAGGACACAGAGGCUUGGCCUUCUAUUAUCCUCAGCCAGAGCCAGGCCCCUCCAGGAGGAUGCCCUUUGGACACUGACCCUGGUCGCCUGGCCUGCAGCAGUAGUAGUACUAGUAGUAGUUGUAGGACAGUGAGUAUGGCCACGGGGGCCAAUAGCCAGACAGGCCACUUCCCUGCCAACCACCUUAGCAGCAAGGUCAACAGUGGGCCCAGCCCUGCCAAUCAUACUGGAACCAACAUGCUCUCUAGCCAGGCUGCAGCCAAUCGCAGCUGGGGCUCCGGGCCUGGAGCCUCCCAUUGCUCCCCUCAGUCCUCAGUGGGGAAUGAAGGGAAGAAUGAAAGCCCACCGGGAGGAGGAGGCAGCAGGGGCUGGGGGUCUUCUACAUCAUCCUCCACACCCAACUUUAACUUGAACCUAAACCCUAAUGCCAACCCGUCUGCCUGGCCCAUGUUGGGACAUGAUGGUGGAGGCACAGGGGGAGGCAGCUCAGGAGGAGCCAGCACCAUUUCACCUCCUCAACCUACAACCACCCUCUGUAAUCCUCCUGGCCCCCCACCAGCCCAGACCAGCAGCUGUACCGGAGUCAACACUGACAGCAACUCCAUGGGAAUUGGCAGCGCCUGGGGUAGCAUGAUAGCCUCUGACACUUCAGAGCCACAACACUCCCCGUCUACGAAUGUGUCUUUCAGUUCAGAACCUCAGAACCUUAAAACUGAUGGACCAAAUCACACUAAUAAGCAGGAACCCCCCAGCCCCAUCUGCAACUUGCCUGGCUGGGGUAGUGCACCUGUAGGCUUUGGGUCCAUGGGCCAGACACCCCCAGGGGCCCAACAGGUCAAUGGAGAAGAUAAUAGCUCUGUAUGGGGUAACAGUGGUGACUCAAAGGCACCUUCAUCUAAGGAGGCACCUGGAUGGGACUCUGGCUGGGGCCAUGGAGGAGGUGGAGCAGCAAACUCUGGAGGCUGGGGGGAACAGUCUGGUGGCAACUGGGGGAAGCAGCGCACUGAUGAGGCCCAGGGAGGCUGGGCUGCCCCUCGCUCCCCUCCCCAGGACCCACAGGCUAGUCCUUGGAACAGAGCAGUGAGCACAGCUGCUGCAAGUGAAGAGAGCAGUGACGGCAUGGAAGGAAUUACCCCGCAGAGAGACUCCUUACCCAGAGAUAAUCCAGCUCCUCCGGUGCCUGCCCAGGAUGUGGACCCCAGGGUGUUGUGUAACACCGGUUGGGGACAGACCCCUGUUCGCCAGCACACCUCCUGGGACAUGAAAAAUUCGAAACGCAAGAAUGAGGCAGUCACUGAUUCAUGGGGCUCUGGACCAACCACUCCAAACGACGCUCACGGGCCCUCCAACACUAACAUGGGCCCUUCUCAUAGGACUGACCCUGGGAGCAAAAAUGAUGUGCCUGGUUCUCAGGGAGCUUCAGGUUGGGGUGGAGCCAUAGCUGCUAACAACCAACCUAGCUCUGGUUGGCGAGAGCCACCCAACGGCAUUAAGCCCCCAGGUGGCCCUGGUGGCUGGGGCAAUCCACCGACAGGAGCCCCCACGUCCAGUAUACCCAAGAAUGGGGGCCAAUCCUGGGCAGAAGAGAAGUCAAGUGGGAGGGAUGAUUCUCGCAACAAGGCAACAUCCCAGGGCUGGGGAGAGCAACCCAAAGCAUCCAACAGCUGGAGCAAAAGUGGAGGAAGCAAUAAUGCAGGGGACUGGAGAGAACCAGAGGAGAACAAAAAGAGUCCGACCAACCCAGGCUGGGAGGGAGAAGCAGGGGGCUGGAAGGAGAACCCACGGGGUUGGGGAGCAUCUCCUUCAGGACCUGGGAUACCUGAAGCUGGAGGAAAUGGGGGCUGGGGAGAGACAGUUGGCCAGCGUCCCAGUGGCCCUCCCCAAAGUUGGGGGGCCAAGCCUCAGGAUGGACCCAGUGGCAGUAAUGGGGGAGGGAACACGGGCUCUUGGGCUGGAUCAGGCUCAGUGAAGCAGGGUGGAAGCUGGGCUGGCGGUAAGAAGGAGUCCUCAGCUGAUCCCACAGGCUGGGAAGAGCCCUCCCCACCUUCAAUCCGACGCAAGAUGGAAAUAGAUGACGGGACCUCAGCUUGGGGCGACCCCGUUAUCUAUAGCAAGUCAGUCAACCUGUGGGACAGGAACAAUCCAGGAAAGUCCCAGCCUAAAGUUACCACAGGAGGCAAUAACCCCCCGGGCCCCAACAACAACAACAAUAACCAUUCCCACUCUCAUAAUCAUCCCUAUCAAGGGCCACCUGCACCUUUACAGAACCACACCCAAAACUCCCCAAACCCAGGGCCCACCAGUGUGCCCAUGGAUACUGUCGUCCAACACCAGUCUGGGCCAUCUCACAACAGGAGUCCCCUAAUAGCUCAAGGAUGGGGAGAGGCAUCUAGCUCCCACACCAAAUCAGAGAGCUCGUGGGGGGAAGCUGCACCCGCUCCAGUCAGCGUGGACAAUGGGACGUCUGCCUGGAACAAAUCUGGCGGCGGCUGGGGAGACGGCAACCCGGACAGCUAUGGCAGGGGCAACCCGGCCGUGACAUCUGCACCUUGCAAACCUGCUCCCAAACCUAUGCAAGACGGAUGGGGAGGUGGAGGUGGAGGUGGAGGUGGAGGUGGAGGUGGAGGUGGAGGUGAAGAGCUGAACUUGUCGGGUGGUCAGUGGGAUGCUGAGGAAGGAGACAUGUGGAACAGCGUCGCCUCUCAGGAGAGCAACUCCUCCUGUAACUCUUGGGGCAAUGCAUCCAAAAAGGGCCCACAGAAACUCUCCCAAGGAAAGAGCCAAGGGAAGCAAGAAGAAGCCUGGAUCAUGAAUCGUCUCAUCAAACAGCUGACCGACAUGGGCUUCCCUAGGGAUCCAGCAGAGGAUGCUCUGAAGAGCAACAACAUGAGCCUGGACCAGGCCAUGAGCGCCCUGCUGGAGAAGAAGACCGAGCUGGACAAGCGGGGCAUGGGGAUAGCCGGCCACGACUACAACAACGGGCUGAUCAACAAGCCCAUGAGCUGCCCCCGGCCGCCGCUUCUUUCCAAAGACCCCUCGGCAGACCCCCGCUUGCCCUUCAUGGAUAAGAUGCAGAGUGGAAUGUUUGGCGGUAGUGGAGCAGCACAAGCCCGGGCCAUGCAGCUGCAGCCGCAGCCGCAGCAGCAGCAGCAGCAGCAGCCGCCUCCUCAGCAGCUGCCGCCAGUGCCGCCUCUCAGUUCCUCUCAGCCUAGUCCACGUGCUCAAGUGCCUCAGUUUCUGUCCCCUCAGGUUCAAGCACAGCUCUUACAGUUUGCAGCAAAAAACAUUGGUCUGAAUCCUGCACUUUUAACCUCACCAAUAAACCCUCAACAUAUGACCCUUCUGAAUCAACUUUACCAGCUGCAACUGGCAUACCAGCGUUUACAAAUUCAGCAGCAGAUGUUACAGGCGCAGCGCAACGUGUCUGCCCCCAUUCGACAACAAGAGCAGCAAGUUGCACGUACAAUCAAUAACAUGCAGCAGCAGAUCCAACAGCACCAGCGUCAGCUGGCCCAGGCCCUGGUGAUGAAGCAGCAGCAACAGCAGCCGCCCCCCUCCCACUCGGGCCUGCAUUCGGGCGGGUCCAAAUCCAACCUGGAUUUAUUCACAGGUCACCCCCAGGCUCCAGGCCUCGCUGACCUGCAGACCAAAGAGCCGCAGUCAUCUCCCAACGCCUACAGUCCAUACUCUCUCUCUGGACUGAAUCCAAACAUGAAUGUAAGCUGCAUGGAGGUGGGAGGUCUGUCCAUGAAGGAACCCCCUCAGCCUCAAUCGCGCUUGUCGCAGUGGACGCAUCCCAACUCCAUCGAGAGCCUCUCUGGAAGCGCCUCUCCUUUGGAGCCCAACCUGGGCAAGCACGGAUCCAACCUGGGCCUCCCUGGAAAGCCCCAUCCGAUGGAGGACUCUUACAGCCCCUACAACUUGAUGUCUAGCUCUGAGUCGCCCACCAGCCCCCUGGUGCCCCAAGACAGCUGGGGGCAGGGCAAGAGCACCAGUGAUAAGAUGACCAAUGGGACCAAUAUUAACUGGCCACCAGAGUUCUGCCCCGGUGUGCCCUGGAAGGGCCUCCAGAAUAUUGACCCUGAGACCGACCCUAACGUGACCCCCGGCAGUGUCCCCAGCGGGCCCACCAUCAACACCAACAUCCAUGACGUCAACCGCUACCUGCUGCGGGACCGGAGCGCAGGCUCCACUCCCACUUCAUCUCAGAACGAGGCUCUGCCUCCGUCCAGUGAUUGGCCAGUCAGUGCCUACACUAGCUCGUUCAGUCUGUCGUCCCCGGAGACGGACGAUGCAGGGAAACUUUCAGAGAUGAAAUCUACUUGGUCUCCAGGCCCAGUUUCUCACAACCAGGCCUCUUUGUCCCACGAGCUGUGGAAGGUCCCACAGGGCCCCCGCAGCAGCAACGUGGCCCCUUCCCGACCUCCACCUGGCCUCACCAACAACAAGCCGUCUUCAACCUGGGGGGGCAACUCCCUGGGUCUGGCCCAAGGCUGGAGCAGCUCUUACACCUCAGCAGGUACCACGUGGAGCACAGACAGCUCCACCAGAACCAGCAGCUCGCUGGUUCUGAGGAACCUCACUCCACAGAUCGACGGCUCCACUCUGCGUACACUGUGCAUGCAACACGGCCCCCUCAUCACAUUCCACCUCAACCUGACGCAGGGCAACGCCGUGGUGCGCUACAGCUCCAAGGACGAAGCUGCCAAGGCUCAGAAGUCCCUCCACAUGUGCGUGCUCGGGAACACCACCAUCCUGGCGGAGUUUGCCGGGGAGGAUGAAGUGAACCGCUUCUUUGCACAGGGCCAGUCGCUUGGCGGCACCACCAGCUGGCAGGCCAAUCCAGGCACCAAUCAGACACGGAUGGGCGGGACCGGCGCCUCCCAUCCCAUCGGCCACUCACCCCACUGGAACAAUAACAACGGCGGCGGCGGCGGUGGGAUGGGAUCAGGCGGAUCAAAGAUGGGGGGAGAGAUGCUGUGGGGUGGGGUGCAGCAGUAUUCCAGCCUGUGGGGACCCCCGAGCGGUGAGGAGGGGCGGGUCAUGGGGAGUCCCACCCAAAUCAAUACCCUGCUGCCUGGGGACCUGCUGAGUGGCGAGUCCAUGUAGGACGGAAGGGCCCGGGCGCAACAAACACCAACAGGAGUGCAAAACAAAUCUUGCAAAUCAUUGUGGAGAUAAUCAGUGUGGCUGUAACGGUGAAGAGGAGCGAUGAGAGGAGGGCGGGGCUACAUCCUCGCUGCUCACCCUCGCCAACCUCCUCUACUCCUUUUUUUUGUUUUGUUUUUCAAGACUUUUCAGUUGCAGUUCUUUUGUGAAUCUCCGUGAGAGAUGUCGGUCACAGUGUUCGCCUUUUACUUUUGGAGAAACGGGAAGGAGUCUUUCAUUCCACAAAGAAAGAUCGCUUCUUACAGAAAUGAACUUGUGGGAACUCGCCGUCCGAAACAUGUACUUUAGGUCAAACUGACACGAGAUGACGAGCUGCCAUCUUUCAACCUGCACCGCUGCCUUUUUUAGGGCAAUCAUACUGCACCUCAGAGAUCCACGAGAAGGCAUCAUUCCCAAAGCAAAACCCUUCAAUCAGAGUGGUGGUCGAACUUUCAGCUGGUCCAGACUCAACAUUUUGUUUCUCUCAGCACUAAUAUUCGCCUUAACCUCUUUCCUGCGACCCUCACUCACUCUGUACUUGGUGAAGAAGCAUACGGACACUUGCACACCCUUAUUUCUGAGCCAGUGGAAGCUGAGUGGAGAGUCCAUGCUGCUGCGGCCCGACGUCGGCAGCCACAGCUCACGACUUCACUGCAUCUUUGCGAGCAGAUCGAGUUCCCCGACACAAUUCUCAAAGUGAACGAUGCGACCCCGUUCGCUGUGUUCAAGCCAUUUAUUUUUGUAUUUUUUUUCCUUCUUCUCCUUAAAUCAUUGCAAGCUACGAAACGAUGUUAUUCAAAUGUGUCCGUCGAUCUCACCCGGUGCGCCGGAGAGAUUUUGGGUCGUCGCAUGUACGGUUCUGGACGACGAAACGAACCACUGCUAUCACGAAGGAACCGUAAAGACAAACACUUCAACGCGCCUCCUCGCAGCGUCGGGCCCUCUCACCGACGCUGUGGACAACCUCAAGUCGUGGGCGUUCCCCACCGGUGGGCGUUUCCCACCAUUUCAAGUGACGUGCAAUAUAAGCCACAGACUCUACCGUCCGAGCACCCUCCCAACACCUCUCGCCGAAAGAGAGGAGACUACGGAAUGAUUGAACUGCAAACACGCCACCUGCCCUUUGACCCCCCUAAAACUGCCACUACCCCCCCCCCCCACACCUCCUGUCCAAGAUACAAGGAGGAUGUAUGUGUGUGAGAGAGUGAGUGUGUGUGUGUGUGUGUGUGUGUGUGCAUGCGCUUGGGGCAUCAAACCAAAAUGAGAGGAGCCGGUUUUCCUUUUUACCCCAGAAGACCAGAGGACCUGUUUUUUCUUCUUCUUUUUUUUGCCCAAUAAAAAAGUUUGAAGCAUCUAUUUGUGACUCGGGGUCUAACGGGGGUCCGUCAUAGCACUUAGCCAGAGCGUCGCAGCUCGUUUUACCCUUAAUGCCAACAGAUAGAAGAGAGGAGAAGCAACACUGGCAAAUGAAAAAAACAGGAAAAAAACAAAGAUGGAAGAAAAAAAACAAUCUGCUUGGUGGCUUCUCCAUAUGCUUAUUUUUUAACUUGACAUUGAUGUGAAGAUGUCUAUUUUCUUCUUUUGUUUCUUCUUCUUUCCAAUCCUUCUUCCCUCAAGUGGGUGGGACCAGGAAGGAUGUCACACCUGGUAGCAACGUGAAGGGAAACGCAGAGAAAGGACUCGACUGGCGGCGCUGCAGCAGGGGGACGACCCCGAAGCUCCGCCCUCUUUAUCAAAGUAAAUAUCACUGUUACACUGCAUACUUUGACAUCUUUAGCCCUGGUGUCUGGAAACACUCGACCGGUUCAUGUUCUACUGGAUCCGGUCGGGGGAGGAUCGCCCUCUUCUUCGUCCCCCUUUUCCCCCGCUUUUUUUCCUCUUCGUCGUUGCCGUCUUCUUUCGAUUGGAGGCCCUGCCAACCUGUGUGAUCGAGUGGCCACUGAGUGCCUGUCUGCUGCAGAGUGCAGUGCUCUGCAGCAGGCCUCGCCCCCCCUCCCCCCCCCUUCGCUCGCUGCCUCCCUACAGACUGGCUUCCCUCCUCUUCCUCCCCCGCCUGGACUCCAUCUACUCCUCCUGCUGCCCGGAGUCUGUCCUCAGCGACCCGCAGCUCCUCUCGUCGUCUCUCUCCUGCAAGGAUCACUUUAGCCAGAGAUGGAGGUGUUUGAUUUGUUGUUGUCGUCGUCGUCGUUGUUGUUGUUGUUUUUCUCGGUUUCACUUAUGGAAUUGCCAGUGUGCAUUUUGAUUUGUCGUCAUGAAGUUUGCUGAUAUUGUUGCUGUUAUCAUUGCUGAUAUAGAUAAUGAUUGUUUUCACGGCUUUUUUUUUUUUUUUUAAACAAUGGUCUUUAUGCAGUGUUCGGCUUCUCUCCUGCCCCGCCCACUGCCUCCGAGGCACGAGCAGUGUGUCGUGAAGAGGUACGCCGCGGCCGCGCAGCGAGGCCACGCCAAACACUGCGGAGCUCGGUCCGAUAGGUUGGUGGGGGGGGGGGGGGGGUCUUCACGUGGGCUUCUCGGAGCCAGAAGGAGGGGGGGGGAAUCAAUUAAAAUGUGGUUGGAAAGGUUGUGUAGUUCCAGGUUCACCAGGAUAGUGAGCCAACUUCUUCUGUCCAUCCUGGGGCGCCGCCACUCUGUCGUCUCCUAACACACACACACACACACACACACAUCCUUUAGUGUUGAUGGGCCUCACACUGGUGCUUUAUGUUUGACUCUGGGAGCACUCAGUUAUACUUAGAACCACGUCAACUGAGAACAGCCUUCCAUUUCUAUGCAAAGACGAGGAGGUGUUGAUUCACAGCCAUCUAGAAAAUCACAGCCCCCCCCCCCCACCCCCGACCCUCACACCCCCGUAACUUGA